AUGAUUCUAUGCUGUUGUUGGCCACUUCAUAAAUGUGUUACGGUGCUUUCCCUUUUCGACACAGUGAUUGUCGCCUUUUUUGCUUACAAUGUUUUCCAAGAGCUGAUGGAAACAAUUUCUAGUCCGCACUGGACAACAGUUUUUGCUUUCUUUUUCUUCACGUUUUUCCUCGUCUGCCAGGUAUUGGCCUCAAUCUUCACGGUGCUCGCUCACAAAAGAAGUCUUGCUCAUUAUCUCAUACCACGAUUGAUUCUUUGCGCAGGUCUUUUCAUUUGCUCGACAAUCGCUUUCAUCGUUAUGCUGAUCUAUUUCAUGGGUGGAGAACAUAAGAUGAACGAAGCUGUUUUCAAGUUACAUGACUUCUUUUACCCCGGUGAGAUGGAUCCCCACGAAAAGGGGAAAAUGGAAGUCGAGCUUAAAAUGUAUGCAGCUGCAUUUGGAGUCCUUUCAUUCGUUUAUGCGAUCUACAACGGAUUCGCUUUCUUGCUAACAAAGAAAUUCCAUGAGCAUCUCAAUGGAUUCACUCCGCUCCCACAAGAGGCUUCAGCUCCAGCUUACAAUCCCGACUAUCCACCUCAUCAUAAACAAGAUCCAACAAAAGGAGGUGUAUAUCCAAAUCUACGC